CCGUGGUCCCUAUAACGUGCAUAUAGCGGAUAUAGGAGGGCUAUGGAGGAUAUAAGCACCCAGAUGCUGUUUGCAUGGGCUGCACGUGGUGUCUGGGCUGAUAGUAUAUAAUAAUGGGCUAUAUAUACAUUGCUAUGCGGGACUGUGUAUGUCAUUAGCCACCUCAUCUCCUGGAUAAUGAUGACAUAGCUGCCACAUGCACAGAAACAGCAGACGUACUGGUGUAUAGAUGCUAAUAUCAUCACAGUCUCUCCCAAUAGCAAAUAUUGUUGCAGUAACAUCCGCUCACACAGGACGUCAUACUCAGAUGGAGGCACCUGCCAUAGGGCUGUUGGAAGUUUUGCAGUUGGGACCGAUGGUGGUGUCUAAAGACUCACCGAGACGGAUUAGCGCCGCAGGCUGCGAGCGUCUCCGUAGGAAGAUCAUUGGUUGCGGCAUUAGCAUUGAUAGGAUAAUGGCUGUAAUCAGCAGCCUGGUCCCAGCCCGGUUCCUGACGCUGACGGCUCACCUCGUCAUCGUCAUCACAAUAUUCUGGUCACGGGGGAAUAACGUGCUCGCUUGUCUGCCGGUAGAUUACACACAAGAGCAAUACAGUGCGGCUGAUACACAGUUGAUCGUCGCCCUCUCGGUCACCCUGGGGAUGUUUGCUAUAGAGCUGGCUGGUUUCAUGUCCGGACUGUCGAUGUUCAACAGCACUCAGAGCGUCCUGUCCGUGGGUGCCCAUGCCAGCGGUAGCGUUGCCCUUCUAUUCUACCUGUUUGAAGGCUGGCAGUGCCCUGUGUACUGGUGGAUAUUCGCAUUUUGCAGCGCCCUCCCGGCCAUCACGGAGAUAGUCAUAAUGAUUGCCGUGCUCGGCCUUAAGCGGAAACCGCUCUGAUUUCUCAACCACGCUCAUAUACAAGACAGAGACACUCUCCGCAUCACGUCUGACCAAUGGACGCAGAGGAGUCGCCCAAUUUCCUUCAUCUGAUGCCGACCAGCAUUUGUGGAAGCCGAACAGCUUAAACCCUCUCAGUGUUUCUGUCAAGAAGAGACGUCUAUGGAAUCUUAUCAGUAACAGUGACACCUAGUGGAAUAUGAGGAAAUUUCACCUUACCAGUUUUUUUACCCUACAUCAAUGGUUCCCAAACUCAAAAUUUCCCCUUACCAGUCUUAUAUCCUACACCAGUGGUUCCCAAACGUGGUCCUCAAGGCACCCCAACAGUCCAGGUUUUAAGGAUAUCCUUGGAUGAGCACAGAUGGUUAAAUCAAAUUGACUGAUGUGCUAAGUUAGUCAGCUGUGUCCAAGCAUGGUUAUCCUUAAAACCUGGAUUGCAGGGUGCCUUGAGGAACCUCUGUCCUACACCAUGAUGUCUUCCAGUUCUUUAAAGCACUAAUACCUUUAAAAAAUGUUUAUCUAUGAGUAAUUUUUUAUUUUUUGGUAUUUUUUGUAAUGUUAAUCACUGUGGAACGUUAUAAUAAGGAGAUUAGUGAUUACCCUUUUCCCUUGGUUUGUUUCUUCAGGCUGCUAUUAAUGAUAGGUAAUUAUGCAGAUUUUUCACAGCGUCAUGUGACCACCAUGUUAAAUCGCAGUCACUUGGCACAUGAUGUAGUGAACAGAGAGGCUUUGGAAUUUCCCCAGGGAGCUCAAUGACAUCCUCCCCCCUCCUUUCCCCCCCCUCUGCCAUCACAUGACAUGCCAAGAGCUGGCAGUCUCUGUAUUUGUGUCUGACAUCCAGACUUGUUUUGACUACAGAGAGAUUUUGAAAAGGAGACAAUGAUUUGCAGGAGUGCAGCUAAGAAAGAAUCACAGCAUGGGCAGAAGGAUCUUAAUUUGCCGGUUAAAGAAAAAACUAUGCAGAAUUGCUGCUUUAAUGCGGACUUUUUGCUCACACGCAGUGGAGUGAGUUAUUUUGUUGGGUAAAGCCAAUAUUUGGGUUAUCAAUUCACUGCAAACGUAUGACAUCGCAAAGGCAUGUCCCAGGAACUAUAAUUAUGCAUUGUUGUACCCCCUCCAGUAUGGCUGCCCCCACGGUGCGCAAGUAAAGGAUCCAUUUUUUUUAAAAAAAUACUUGAAGCCCGACGUGCGUGGCUUCAUCACCCAGUGUCUGUGAGCAAACGUGCUGGGGGCGUAGGUUCUUGGACCCUCUCCAAAAGGAGAAGAGCCCCGUUACUCCCCUACCCCUCAGAGCCAAAAGGCCUACUGAGGGGAAAAAGGGACUGUGAGUCCCCCCUUGCCGAAGCGCAGAGGGACCCUCGUGUAUCCCCAAGGUUGGCCGAAGCUUCCCCCAGGGGAUCGAAAACAGCCUCUGGCCCUCCCCAAAAGGAGAGGGUCUCGGCAACUAGGGGAGAGGGUGGCCCAUAGGGGUCUCACCUAAACCCCAAACAAAAAACCGUGACGUGACAAAGUAACAUAAAUAAGUGCAAAAGUGCAAAACACGUGCGUGAAUAAAUAAAUAUCCAGUUGCGAUGCUGCAACUGGAUAUUUAUUUAUUCACGCGCGUGUUUUGCACUUUUGCACUACACAAGCACUUAUUUAUGUUUUAGUUUGUACUAAAAUACUCAGGCUUUCCUAUGACUUCUGCCUGACUCCUGUGCUCCUCAGCAAUGCACUUCUAUCAUCAGGGAGAGACAAUUAUUUCCGUUACUCCGGGAUAUGACCGAACUCUACAGCUGUAGCACAGAUAGACAAUAGAAUAGCCCAGAAGAUAAUGCGGAUCAUUUGGUAAAACUUGCAGGAAAUCUACGCACCGAUCGUUACCUGAAGGUGGAAAACCCUGUAAUGUACCAGCUGACACAUUAGUAGAAGUGUAUUUGAUAUAUUUACAGAUGAUUGAUCCUUUCACUCCCAGGACACGUCCUGCUGAUACGGCUCCUACAGAGAAGGAGAUUGGCGGGGGAUUAAUAUGUUUUCCGGAGACAUUCCCGUUUGCGGUUUAUGUUUUUUCUAAGAGUAUUUUUGCAACCAGCAACUUUUUGGAUUGACUUUUGUAUGACUUUUUAUAUGAUAAUGUGUGUGUUAUAUAAAUAUAUUUAUUACAAGUACAAA